GGAGGCGGGAUGGGGAUGGGUGGUGGUGGUGGAGGCGGUGUCGGAGGUGGUGGACCUGGGAUGGGCGCCAUGGGCAGGGGAGCUGGUCAGGGCAUGAUGCCCUCUGGCCCUGCCGGUAUGAGCCCAAACAUUCCAAGGGGACCAAGAGGUGCUCCUACAGGGCCAGCGGCAGAGCUGGGCAGAGGGGGCAACACAAUUACCACCCAUACGCGCGAUGAAGAGUCAUGUUGGAUAUGGUUUGAUCAAACGACAUAG